AUGAAACAGAUAUGUUCUGGAUCAAUAAUUCGUGCCCAGUUUGCUUAUGAACAUUUGUUAACAGUUACUGGUCGUCAUGAUAUCAGUUUUGAAAAAUUUAAAGAAUACAUUGUUACGUAUAAUAACAAUUUAAUCAAAAUAUAUUCUCGUCGAAAUCAAGGGACUUAUAUUAUAAUGUCAACCCCUGAGCAGUAUGCUGAUCUAUUGAUAAAGAAAAAUGAAAGUUUUGACGAUAUCUUAACGUUUGUUACACAUGAUAACAAUACAAGCAUUAUUCAAACAAAUACAAGUACCACCAAACAUAGCAAUGACAAAAAGUUGUCACUUUUAUCAGCUGUCGAAAUAAUUCGCGAAAAUAUGGAUUCAGUAUUACAAAAGAAACUUGUUAUCAGUCCCUUUGAUUUGAUGACACUGGAUGCUGAAAGUUAUGUGAAACAAAUACCGUCGUCGUUACAUAAUUUUAUAACUUUAUGUACACUGAGUAUUACUGACUACAAUGAUUUCAAAAAACACAACAUCGAUGUUUUUGAUUUUGAAACAGCAUUUUUCAAUAAGUAUCAGAAAACAUUACAUAUAUCUUCGAUUUGUCUUGAUUUACUGAAUUGUCGAAAUUCAGAUUACAUUAGUU